AUGAGUGCCUUGAGAGACCCCAUGAUCAUUUUUUCAAGCUUUCUAGUCCUGCUUCUUGUAUUAACUCUUAUCAAGAUAUUUCAUAAACUAUGGUGGUUUCCUAUUCGCGUACAGUAUUUCAUGCGUUCACAAGGAAUCAAAGGCCCUUCAUACAGAUUCAUCUAUGGAAACACCAAAGAAAUGUUGAGUAUGAAACAGGAAGCCAUGGCCACACCUAUGGGUUUAUCACAUGCCAUAUUUCCUAAAGUUCUGCCUGAUAUUGAUUUCUGGGUCAACAUAUAUGGAAAGAAUUAUCUUCAGUGGUAUGGAUAUCAAGCACAACUGGUUGUAACAGAACCGGAAUUGAUCAAAGAAAUACUUAAUAAUAGAGAAAGAGCUUUUCCAAAAGCUGACAAUGAAGGCUAUGUAAAGAAGAUAUUAGGAGAUGGCCUUGUAACCACUGAAGGUGAGAAAUGGGGGAAAUUGAGGAAACUGGCCAAUUACGCAUUUCAUGGAGAAAGCUUAAAAAGUACAAUUCCUACAAUGAUCUCUUGUGUUGAGAUGAUGCUGGAAAAGUGGAAAAUAUAUGAAGGGAAAGAGAUCGAGGUAUUUGAAGAAUUCAGAUUGUUGAGUUCAGAAGUAAUAUCAAGAACAGCCUUUGGGAGCAAUUACCAAAGAGGGAAAAGUAUUUUUGAUAUGCUUAUGAGACUGGUCUUGUUAUCAUUCAAAAAUACAUACAAACUUAGGUUUCCGGGUAUCAGCAAGUUUCUUAGAACUGGUGAUGAGAUUGAGGCAGACAAGCUUGAGGAUGAUAUUCGCAACAAUAUCAUAGAAAUACUCAAGGAAAGAGAAGAGAAGGUAAUGAGAGGUGAAAGAGACAGCUUUGGUAGUGAUUUUCUUGGCUUGCUUUUAAAGGCUCAUCACGACACCAACGACAGCCAGAAGAUCUCGGUGGAUGAUUUAGUUGAUGAGUGCAAAACAUUUUAUUUUGCUGGACAAGAAACCACUAAUACUUUUCUUUCUUGGACGGUUUUACUUCUGGCAAUCCAUACAGAUUGGCAAGAAGAAGUAAGAAAGGAGGUGCUCAAUAUAUUUGGCCAUCAAAAUCCAAGUCCAGAAGGCAUUGCCAAACUAAAAAUAAUGGGCAUGGUCUUCAAUGAAUCACUGAGAUUAUAUCCUCCUGUAGCUGGCGUUAUAAGAAAAGUUGGACGGAAAGUAAAAGUAGGAAAGCUCACUCUUCCUGCUAACCUUGUCCUAUAUGUUCCAAAUUUAGCACUUCACCAUGACCCUCAAAUAUGGGGAGAAGAUGUGGAUCAGUUCAAACCAGAAAGAUUCCUAGAAGGGGUUGCUGAAGCUACUAAGAACAACCCUGCCGCAUAUUUACCCUUUGGAAUUGGACCUCGAAACUGUGUAGGUGGAAACUUUGCUAUAACCGAAGCAAAAAUUACCAUUUCAAUGAUUCUUCAACGUUACAGCUUCACUCUUUCUCCAGCCUAUGUCCACUCGCCGUUUCAGCUUCUUACACUUCAUCCACAGCAUGGCAUACAAGCGAUACUACAGCCACUGUAACCAGUAGUAGAAUUUCCAUAAAACUUGCACCUGGUAGUCCUAUGGAUGGAAUUGUAAUACGAUAUUAAGAAUGACAAAUAAACUUCUAAAUGCGAGGCGUGCAUGCAGUAGAAUGACAUUUUAGAAUGUUUGUGGUGACUAUCAAUGAAGAUUACUCCUGUAACUUUCAAGCAUCCUA